AUGUUGGUGGCAAACAGAAGUAGAGAUGAAGUUGAUUAUACUUCUGAAAUCUCUUUUUUUCUCAACCAGUUUCCGGCCAAUACUAAUGUUUUUGUUGUUGACACCAAUUUCAUCACUUUACUCAAUAUGAAGCGAAUCAUGAGACAACACGACUAUCAAGUGACUAUUGAGACGGAUGCAAAGAAAGCUCUUGCGUUUUUGACAAGCUGCAAACAUGACAUUAAUAUUGUGAUAUGGGAUUAUCAUAUGCCAGAAAUUGAUGGACUUCAAGCUCUCAAGAGCAUUGCUUCAAAGAUGGAUCUACCUGUGAUGAUUAUGUCUGAUGAUAAUCAAACUGAAUCGGUGAUGAAAGCAAUAGUACACGGUGCUUGUGACUAUGUUUUGAAACCGGUUAAAGAAGAUAAAAUAGCCAACCUAUGGCAACACAUCGUACGCAAGGAAGUGAUGUCUAAACGCAAUAUAAGUCCAUCGAGACCAUUGAUAACGUGGAAUGGAGAACUUCAACCAGUUCAGUCAGAUCUGCUUCAGUUCAAUGUUUUUAACAAACACAACUACAAUCACAAAACCAGAAACCAAGAUAGCGGCGAACGAAACAUCGAAAUCAUUGAUAAGAGAGUAUGGAAAAAGACACGGAAACAACGGAUGACAUGGACCAAAGAUCUUCAUAAGAAAUUUCUUGAAGCCAUCGAAAUAAAUGGUGGUAUUGAAAAAGCUAAUCCAAAGGUGCUUCUCGACUGUUUGCAAGGAAUGAAGAUCCAAGGACUCACUAGAAACAAUGUGGCCAGCCAUCUUCAGAAACACCGUAUCUAUCUUGAGGAAAAGCAAAUUCCUAAACAGGCGCAAAAUAUUGGUUGGUCCACUCAGUGUGGAGCAGCUCCAUCUCUCCAAGGUCCGAACAAUGUCCACACAUGCAUAUCACAGUUCCAGCAGAAUCACUAUCACAAUAGAGUCGUGAACCCGAUCCAACAGAAUGAUCAUUAUCAAAAUGGUUACUUGGCAAUGAACAAAAACCCGUUCAUAACCAAUCCUUCUAUGCCUCGUGUGUCCUAUUUUGACAAUCAACCCCACCAAACUCAACAACAACAGUCCUCUCCUCAGUUUAGUUACUUGACGAGCAAUGAAGAACCAGGAAAAGCCUCUGACAUCUAUGCACCGGAUUCUCAACUCAUUUAUCCAAGUUUACCAUAUAUGUGA